ACAAAGGUAGAGAAGUGAAUGAUAUCAAAGCAUGGCAGAAUGUGGUAUGAGCAUUACCGCCAUUGCUGUAAGCUUCCUCAUCACCCUCCAGCUGCUAACUCCUUGUACUGCGAUUCACAGAAGAGCAGACCAUUUGAUUCCCCAAUCAGAUGUUGAUCUUUUAGAAUUCCCACUGAAUUUAGAGUACCUGGAAGCUGAAUUCUUCUUGUUUGGCUCUCUUGGAUAUGGUUUGGAUAAAGUUGCACCGUAUUUAACCAUGGGAGGGCCAUCGCCUAUUGGCGCUAAAAUGGCCAAUUUGGGUCCUUUCAUCAAGGACAUCAUCAUGCAGUUCGCCUACCAGGAAGUUGGUCACUUGAGGGCAAUUAAAGAUACAGUGAAAGGAUUUCCAAGGCCAUUGCUGAACUUGAGUUCAGAGUCAUUUGCCAAAGUGAUGGACAGAACCUUUGAUAGUAAGUUGAAACCACCUUUUGAUCCGUAUGCUAAUGACUUGAACUUCCUUCUCGCAAGCUACAUCGUUCCUUACGUUGGACUAACUGGGUAUGUUGGAGCAAAUCCAAAGCUCAAAUCCGCUGCCUCCAAGAGGCUUGUUGCAGGUCUUUUAGGAGUUGAAUCGGGUCAAGAUGCAGUAAUCAGAACUCUUCUUUAUGAACGUGCAACGAAAAGGGUUGAACCAUAUGGAGUGACAGUGGCAGAGUUCACACAGCGCAUUUCAGAACUGCGGAAUAAGCUAGGACGUGCAGGCAUGAAAGAUGAAGGCAUUGUGGUACCCAAAGACAAGGGUGGUGAGGGUAAGAUCUCAGGGAACGUGCUUGCUGGAAAUGAGUACUCAAUCUCAUACGCAAGAACACCCGAGGAAAUUCUAAGGAUUGUGUAUGGUGGGGGUAAUGAGCAUGUUCCUGGGGGCUUCUAUCCAAAGGGUGCCGAUGGCAACAUCGCUAAAUCCAAUUUAGCGAUCAUGGCACCUAGCAAGUAAUGUUGUUGUGGUUGUUUUCUAUUUCUAGAUCAUUAAUAAAGUGGACAUCAAUAA